AUGUCACCGCACAUUGCUUUUGAUAUCCAAUUCGAAAUCAUCAAAAGGAUUCCGGUGAAAUCAUUGCUUCGAUUCAGAUCGGUCUGCAAAGCAUGGAAGUCAUUGAUCGAUUCCUCUGAGUUUAUUGCUGGUUACAGCGUCCCCAACACUCAGCCUCAACAUCUGCUUAUGAAGUACGAAGUCGCAGAUCGGCAAGUAACUGGGUUCAAAUGUGUUUGCUUUGUUGAUGAUGACACUUUCCCCCGACAAACGUUUACUCCGACUGUGCCUCCGCUCCUUGAAGAACUUUAUCUAUCGAGAAUAAUCGAAAGCUCUCAUGGCGUCUUGUGCUUUUACGGUUUUUAUCAUCCAAAGAAAGGCGAUCUCUGGCCCAACUAUCUGAUAGAUAUGGCUCUUCUUUGGAAUCCUUCAAUUAGAAAAUCGACUGCUGUUGUUGUCCCUAAAGUGAUCAGUGCACACUUUUCAAGUGUUCUUGGCUUUGGGGUUUGUCCUAACACUUGUGACCCUAUGCUUGUCUAUGUUACAUUUAUUAGUACAUGGUCGAAUCCAAAGGUAAUAAGCUGCAUCCCUUGCCAAGUUCUGGUUUUUAAAUUGAGCUCAGGGGAAUGGGAAUGUUUAUCUGGUAAUCUGCCUCGUAAAUCAAUUGGAUUUACAUGGUCUUCUGCAGUUAUAGGUCAGUUUAUUUAUUGGUUUGCUUAUGAUAGGAUUGAUGAGAAUGGCGGAUUACGUAAUCUGAUUAUGGCAUUUGAUAUGGUUAGUGAUGAGUUUAUAGAGAUAGCCCUCCCAGAUAGUUUGGCUCACCUUCCGGAUGAUUUGGAUCACCUUCCUGAAUUAGCCUUUUCGAUCUCCAAGCUAAGGGAGUCUCUUGUUGUGCUUGAAUACACAAAAAAUACAAGCAAGCAUCAAGUUUGUGGUGUAUGGAUGAUGGAGCAUGGUGAUCCAAAAUGGUUUACAAAAUUGUACACCAUUGAAGCACCAUAUGAAAGGAUAGAGAGGACCCUGGGAUUUAGCAAGAGUGGGAAACCUAUAAUAGAAAAGGACUUUGAUUUUUUUGGUCAUUUUGAUUUGGAGGCUACACUUGCUGUAUAUGAACCUUGCACAGAGCAAAUCAAGGAUCUUGAGAUUCACGUAACCGACAAUUCUGUGUUUGUGAAUUCUUAUACGGAAUCGCUGCUGCUCCUCCAUGAGGAAGAUGGUUUAAUUUAUUCUAUGUAGAUUGAGGACCAAGAUGAUGGCUGUAUUGCAAAGUGUGGAGCUGUGAAGAGAUGACAUUUCGAACAGGCGAGCAAGGUAUAGAGAUUGAAGUGCAAUUACCAUUCAGAUUAGCUUAGUUCAUGCUUAUGUUAGUGUUUAAUUAUGACAUAACCUUUCAGGCUUUCAUAUACAUGAAGAAUUAUUGU